CCGGUACGUGUGGAUUAUUAAGAUACGCAUCGUUUGUUAUAUUGCGAAAAUAUUCGGGAAUUUAGUGUAAACAAUUCGUACAACUUUGAGGAAGUCAGCAGGUUGUGAAACCUAUAGAAUAGGUUAUACAUAUUUUGGUGCUCAAGAUCGACUCGUGGCGUGUUUUCAAGAACAUGGAGAGUACUCUGACGGAAUUCGAAGAAAACUUGUCCUUCGAUAUCGAUGACCCGGACUUUGCCCCGUUGAAUCCUCGUACUAUUGCUCAGAAUGUCCUUCGCAGUGUACAAUUCAGCGACAUUACAUUUGGCGUCAACAAACUUGUAACUCAUCAAAACAACAACAUGUCUGUGACCACAUCUGUACAACCAGCUACUGAGAGUCUUUCUCGUCAUGGGAGCAACAUUUCUUUGUCCUGCCACAGUUCAUGCGGGAGUGUUGACGAUGGCCUCCAAGGAUCUCAUCCUCAGUACCAGGACACGAUCCUUACCAUUGAGGAACUUCGUGCUCAACUGAACUCUUGUUUCACAUGUGGGGUUUCGUGGAGCGAAGAUCACGUCUCUCUCGACUGCAGUGAAUGCGGUGGCUAUUCCCUCCAACGACCGUGCCCACUUUGUGACGGACGUUGCCGCACCUCGUGGAAACGCGACCUUACUAUGUCCCACGCCAGUGGAAAAGCAAGAUGGAUUGGCGAAUGUGGACUGAGUUGCGGUCCUUCCAUUGAGGAGCCAUUGGUGCCAGCGUUGGAGAAGCUACGAGCCACCUCGUGAACGGUGUUCAACGACGAAUGCAUAGAGAGACGUCGUCGUGUACCGUCAACCAUGCACAAGACUUAAUCCAUCACCAUCCAUAUAGCGUCACCCCACCACCAUUGUGCGAAUCGGAAAUGUGUGAAUGUGGAUUCUGGAUGCAUAGAUGAUACAUUAUGUUCCUGAGGAG